CUCUGACAAUUCUAAUACUUCCAGACUAUCACUGGCCAGCUUUUACUACUGAGUGCUUUCAAACAUUGGAUACUGAACUCUUAAUGUACUGACUGUUGGCACACUGAUCAGAUUAGAUCUUUAUAGAUAUGGUACCAAUAUCUUUCAAGAAACACUGGAUGACAUUUAAUGUUGGGUUCUUUGUUGGAAUUCUCAUGAUUUCCUUUUUAAAUCAUGCUAUUUUGGAAAAUAGACGCCAUAUACCAAAAGUUAUUCGCACAUGGAAACAGGUCAAACCUGCACAAUUUCAACAUGUUCCUGACUUUUCUCAUACUCGUCAUACUGCUAAUACCAGUGUAACUGAUGAUCUUUUCCAUAAGGUCAGAGUACUUUGUUGGAUCAUGACUGGGCCAAAUAACCUAGAGACCAAAGCUAUACACGUUAAGCACUCAUGGACACGUCAUUGUAAUGUGGUCCUAUUUAUGAGCUCUUUUAACAAUGAGAAAUUCCCAACAGUUGGUUUGGGCACCAAAGAAGGUCGGGACCAGCUUUACUGGAAGACAAUCCGUGCCUUCCACUAUGUACACAAGCACCAUUUCGACCAGGCUGAUUGGUUCUUAAAAGCAGAUGAUGACACAUACGUAGUAAUGGACAAUUUACGUUGGAUGUUGUCAAAAUACAAUACUAACCAGUCAAUCUACUUUGGUAAACAUUUCAAACCCUUUGUCAGACAGGGUUACAUGAGUGGAGGAGCUGGUUAUGUACUCAGCAAAGAAGCUGUCAAAAAAUUUGUAGAUGGAUUUCGCACUGGGGUCUGUAAGCACACAACCCAUGUGGAGGAUGUGGCUCUAGGUCAGUGCAUGGAGAAAAUGGGAGUUAUACCCGGGGACUCCCGGGACACUAUAAACAGAGAGACCUUCCAUCCAUUUUCACCUGAACAUCAUCUCACUUAUCAAUUUAGUAAGAAUGACUGGCUCUGGAGCUACAACUUAUAUCCUAUUGUUAAGGGUCCGCAAUGCUGCUCUGACCUGGCCAUAUCCUUUCACUAUGUUGAUCCUCUUGUCAUGCAUAUGCUAGAAUAUUUCACCUACCAUCUCCGACCUUAUGGAUAUAAAUAUCGCUACCAACCAACGUUAUCCUUUAAUGAACAAGAAAAGGAUACUUUUACUAAGGAGAAACAUGUGAAUCCUAAUGGAACCUCGUCAGUUAUUAAAAAGUAGAACAUUUUAGUUUUCAUUUUCAUAUCAGACUUUAAUUAUAUGAGAAAAUAAUUUCCUGGAGCUCUUCUUCACUGUACCUUAGGGCAUCAUGAAAUUUUGUAUUGUAAACAAAGUACUUUUUUGACUUCACAUUCUGGGUGUUUGAAGACUAUCGGACAUUUUGCGAUUAUGAAUAUGUAUUAUGGAUAUGUAUGAGCCAAGCAAAUACGUGAAUUAAUGUAUUUAGAACGAAGACUUGCUGGAGAACAAAUAGAGUCAGCUGGCCAUUAUGUAUACAUAUAGAGAGAAGUAUGACAAUAGUUAUUUCGUCUUCUUUAACUAACCCACUCACCCACUUUGAAAAUGUUGGUCUCAACCAGAGAAGCUCAAGAGGCUAAUGUUUAGUUAUAAUUGAGUUGUAAUUUCUUAAUAGCUGAAGAGCCUAUUUGUCCUAUAUGAUAUGGACUAAAU